GCCGGGAGAGGGAAGCCCGAGGAGAGGGACGAGAGGCAGCAGGCAUCGGAUUGCUCCUUGGCCAAGGCCAGCAUGGGCUCCUUCUCCACCAUCGCCGUGGGCUUCCUCCUCUUCCUGGCGUUUCAGCUCCCAGGUCGAUCUGAAGCCAACCCCGUGUACAAUGGUGUGUCCAACACAGACCUGAUGGAUUUCAAGAAUUUGCUGGACCGCUUGGAGGACAAGAUGCCUUUAGAAGAAGAGGCUGUGCCGCCGCAAGUUCUAACUGAGCAGAACGAUGAAGCUGGAGUAGCUCUCGGCCCCCUCCCCGAGGUGCCUCCCUGGGCCGGGGAGGUCAGCCCAGCCCAGAGAGAUGAGGGUGCUCUGGGGCGGGGCCCCUGGGACUCCCCCGACAGAUCUGCCCUCCUGAAAAGCAAGCUGAGGGCACUGCUUGCUGCCCCUCGGAGCCUGCGGAGGUCCAGCUGCUUCGGGGGCAGGAUUGACAGGAUUGGAGCCCAGAGUGGACUGGGCUGCAACAGCUUCCGGUACCGGAGAUAACAGCCAAGGAGGAAAAGGCAGGCCAGGCCCCGGGGCAGACAGGCGGAGAGAUUCUCAUCCCCUGGGCUCUCUCACAUGGCUUUGUCUCAUCUCACUGCCAUCAACAAGCUGAGUUGUGACGAGCACCUUGUCUGAGCUGCAGCUUCCUGUCAACAUUUCUCACAUUUUAUGCUAAAUAUAGAUACGGUGGUCUCAUUGUGGCUUCCCAGCCUCUCCAACCCCAUGCAUUAAAUUUUAGGGUAGACACUCACCUAUUACUGACAGCGGUUUGAAAAUGAAUAAACUUCAGCACC